GUCCCAAACAGACUAAAACGAAAUGUCAGGAGCUUGUGUCAAAAGAUUGUACUGUGAAGAGUCUAACCUUUCGGAGUGGAAGUACCAUCGCUGACUACACUCUCAUUAGUUCUUCUGGGGAUGAAAAACUAUUUGAUUUAGCAAAAGAUAAAGUGUUAAAUCAACUGGCAGCAAAGUAUCCUGUGGACUUUGUCAGUGUUAAACAAUUAACUACAUCAGUUGAUCCCGGGACAAUAAUUGCUGGGGUUUCAGUCACCCUGACAUGUGGACCUCCUCCGACUAAUCUGGGUUCAGACCUGACGGUGGAGUGGACACGUUCUGGAACUCUCCUGGACACAGUUACACCCAACCAAGACAGAACGUCAAUAUACACAAUCCCAAGGUUUUUGAAAAUUCAUGAUGGAACAUAUGUGUGUAAAAUGAAGCGGAACGACGGUGCCACUUUCACACAGAGCCUCACCUUAACGUCCAAAGCAGCACCACAGAUUACCGUGAACCCAGUCAGAGGAACGGUGCAAUGUGGUGAUUCUGUGUCUGUGUCGUGUUCUGUUAACACUGGCUACCAGGUUCAAUUUAAAGACCUGGAUCUUCCAACUCCUGGUUUGGAAAUCAACUAUGUUUACAAAGCCCCUGAUGGAUGUACCGAACGGGAAGAGACGAUAACCUGCCAAGUGACAACUAACCCACAGGAUUAUAAAAUAAUAACUCUGGAAUUAAUCAAAGCUGUUGUUUGUAAAGCUGACGGUGUAUUCAGUGCCGGAUCGGUAGGUUUUCAGGCUGUUGCAUCCUGUGAAAAAGGCAAGAUGGGAACCAUAACAGCAGUUUGUAAGGCGGAUGGCACAUAUGGAGAUAUCCAAAACAACUGUGUUCUAGAAGUCGUACAGAAUCUGCUCAGUGAGUCGGAGGCAUUGGAUGUGGUUACUCUGCCAGCAUUCUUGGAAGACCUCAAGGGUGCAACUAAGAACAACUCUAAGACCAUAACUGAUUCUCCAGCCACCAUCAGCGCCAUGGUGAAAAUCUUUGCAAAUAUUGGCAGGAGGGCCAAUUCUUUAAAAAUCACAAUAUCUGAACAGUCUACAAAGAAUCUCCUGGAAAGUGCAGGCAUUCUUACCAGUGACGCUGCAAAAGGCUCAUGGGAUGAACUGAACAAUAACAACAAAAGUGAAAGCUCAGAAAACAAAAAUGCCAGCUCUUCAUUUUUGAGCGCCUUUGAAGGGAUAGCAGCCCACGUCGUCAACGAACCUUUGAGCAUAAAUACACAGUAUAUUCUUUUCACCAAAGUUAAUUUCACAAACAAUUUCAAGGAUGACUUUAAUUCCUCCGUGGAAAUAAACAUACCAGAAGCUGAGGGAAGCAGGCAGUCAAUCGCAGUAAUGUUAUUUGCUUCCAUGGACAACGUGCUUCCUGCAAGGGAAAGCGUGAACACGUCGUCCAGCGUCAUCAAUGGAAGGGUGGUGCUUAUUCAUCCAGAAUCAGACAUUAACAACAUAUCGAUAGCAUUUGAUGUUCUGAAUGAGACCCUGGGAAAGCCUAAGUGUGUUUUCUGGGAUUUCGAUCUGUUUGACAGUCUUGGAGGAUGGAGUGAUGAAGGCUGCGCCUUUGUACUGAACGAAAACGGAACAGUCAGGUGCAACUGCAACCACACCACCUCCUUCUCCAUUCUGAUGUCGCCUGACAGCCCACAGGAUAUUGUGUUGGACUUUAUAACCUACAUUGGACUUGGCAUAUCCAUGGGCUCCCUGAUUGUAUGUCUCAUCAUUGAAGGCAUCGCAUGGAGAAAAAUAAGAAGACAUUCAACGUCGUACUUGCGUCACGUCUCCAUCGUCAACAUCGCAGUGUCUCUCCUGAUUGCAGACAUUUGGUUCAUUAUUGGAGCGGCCGUUUCAAACACAAAAAGUGCGCCGGCCUGCACAGCCGCUACCUUCUUCAUCCAUUUUUUCUACCUGGCCCUGUUCUUCUGGAUGUUAGCCUCGGCCCUGCUGCUGCUCUACCGGACCCUCAGUGUCUUUGAGGGAGGGCUGUCUAAACUAACCAUGCUGAUCAUCGGAUUCUCUUUGGGAUAUGGAGCUCCGCUGAUCAUUGCAACAAUAACCAUUGCUUCAACUGCUCCCUCGAAUGAGUACAUCCGGGAAAACGUCGUCUGUUGGCUCAACUGGAACCAGUCUAAAGCUCUGCUGGCCUUCGUGGUCCCUGCUCUCAUGAUAGUAGUGAUAAACUUAAUCAUCCUGGUUGUGGUGUUGUACAAAAUACUGAGCAGAAGAGGUGGAGCAAAUGCAUCCCAAGCAGAAGGGAAGAACGUUCUGUACGUGAUUGCCAGGAGUUUGGCUGUGCUCACGCCGUUGUUCGGACUGACUUGGGGUUUGGGAGUCGGAGUCAUGCUCAGCCCAAAAAACAGAGGGAUGCAAAUUACGUUUGCAUUGUUCAACUCAGUCCAGGGUUUCUUCAUUCUGGUGUUUGGAACACUGUUGGACAAAACGGUGCGAUCAGCGAUGACCAAAUCUCAGGGAUCUUCCUCGCAUAGCAAGACAACAAGCACCAGCGCUGGAACUCUUUACAGCUUCUUUAACAAGCUGAAAAAACCAAGACGUCCUACAGGUGGCUACCACAUGUCUUCUCGUGGAUCCAACACUUAAUCCAAUGCAAAGUCAAACAAAUCAAUAUUAUUUUUUUUGUACAGAAUUUGUUCUCAUCAAGUUUGAUUUGCUUUUUAAUGGAUUGUGAACAAGUGAAGGAAACUGAAUCCACUGCUUUCAGCAGCUGCUACUUGUAAUAAUAAAUCUUUCUUCACAUAAUGUACGCAUGUCUUUUUAAAAUGUAUAAUAAUCAGCAGUAAUGUCUGUAAACAUUUUUCAUCCCAACUUUUGACCAAAUGUUUCCUUUGUUUCUUAUGGUCUAAGAUUUAUUUGGUGGAAAAGUGCAAAUUAUGUUAAAUUUUGAGAAGCUUAUAUCAGAUUAUUUUGAAUAAACACAUAAUAUACAAAGUAAUAUACAUAAUAUACUACGUUUCAUUUCAAAAAGUAGAUGCGGAGAUGUUGCAUUUUUGCAAAGCAAGUUACCCAAAUGACUUUAAUCCAAUUAUGACUCUAAUGUUGCUGUAACAUAACACUUCUACUAUUAAUGUGAAGUAAUGAAUUUUAUUUCGUAGUAGCUGUUGACGCUUCCCUGUUUUGUAUAAUGUGCGUGUAUGUAUGUGUGUUCUACUUUUAUAAAAGUACUAUAUAUUUUAUUCAUUGUUUUCCCAAACCUAAAUAUUCUAAAAUGUCAUCUUAAAGACUUGUACAGAAAUUUUGUUUUUUUGAGCCAUUCUGCUUUUAUUUUGUUUUUUGUUUUAAUAAACUCCUCCAUAUUAAA